CCGACGAUAUCUUGUAUACCGGUUAAUCAUCUUGUAUUUGCUCUAACAAUAAUUAUCUUCUCGCGAGUUAAGUAUCACUGAUAGUUGUUUAUAGGAGCAUCGUGAAUCGUUUUGCAACUCAUACAUAAUGGAAUCUCAGAUUUCAGUCUAGAUAUAACGCAACCAUUGUAGUUCGCUGCGGCGACAGAGACCGAGUCUCGUCUGUUCACCCGCCGUUUGCAAAUAUUUGGUUGCGCGUCGAUAUAUUUUUUUUUUCGUUUCGCAAUAUCGCCGAACGAAAAUCAUCGCCAGUAUGACUGUGGUCGAACAUGUGCCUUGCAAGGCUAUUAUGAAUACCAGUGUGCCCGGUGUUCUGUUCCAGUCGCUGGCAGUUUUCUUAGUGAAUAUAAUCGCCAUCACGGACGGCAUAACCCUAGGAUGGACCGCACCUCUGAUCCCGUACCUCAUCAGCGACGAAUCCCACAUCAAGAUGACGAUCCACGAAGCGGAAAUGAUAGAAACCUGGCUCCUUUACGGAGCCAUCACUGGUCUUCCGAUCACCAUGCUGCUCGUAGACAAAAUCGGACGAAAAAAAUCGGUACUAGUGUCUUGUUGUGUCCUCGCUGUAUGCUGGAUUCUAGUAGCUGUAGCGACGAAUGUUAGUCUUAUAUACGGUGCGAGGUUUGUGAUGGGUCUAGGACUCAAUAUGGCGUAUGUAGCUAUGCCUAUGUAUGUCGGUGAGAUAUCGCAUAAAAACAUACGCGGGCUCUUGUCUAGUUUCACUUUUAUAUUCAUGUUGCUAGGGGUACUGAUUAUUUACUGUGUAGGGCCGUAUUUUUCGUACUAUGUACCUCCGAUAAUAUCGAUAACUUUGCUAAUCAUACAGUUCGUCGGAUUCAUUUUUAUGCCAGAAUCGGCGUACUAUCUCCUUUCUAAGGGCAAGGAAGAAGACGCGAAAGCGUCCCUGAGCAAGUUCAGGAACAACAUAGGCGUCGAAGAAGAAUUUGCCGAGAUGAAAGAAACCAACGAAAAGAAUAAGACAGAACAGGGAAGGAUACAAGAUAUAUUUUUAGUGCGCAGUUACAGAAAAGCGAUUUUGAUCAUGCUUUUCUUGAAUCUAUCACAGCUUCUUAGCAGCUACGAAAUUUUGCUGAUGAAUUUGCACAAUAUUUUAGAGACGGCAGAGUCCAAUUACAUAAGUCCUUCGAUAGUAGGCAUUGUGUUUUCGGCUGUCACGUUGAUAGCUGCUGUGUCAGCAGCUACAGUGAUCGACCGCUUUGGAAGGAAGAUAUUGAUGAUUAUCUCCAGUUUUCUCACGGCUCUGUGUCUACUAGCCGUUUCCGUCUAUUUUCAUAUGAAGUAUCUCGAGUAUGACUUGAGUCACAUCAGCUGGUUGCCGACGGUCGCCGUAAUGGCGUACGCGGUAUCGUUCAAAUUCGGACUAGGGAUCGUUCCGAUUGUUUUAACAUCCGAAAUAUUCGCGCCGAAAAUGAAAGCGAUAGGUAUGACGCUAGCAGACGGGAUGUACGUCGUUUCUUCCAUAGGGGCGUUACAGCUGUACUUUUUUUUGAGAGACGCGUACGGGAUACACGUGCCAUUUUAUUUGUUUUCAUUCUGUACGUUCCUCGCAGGACCGUAUGUGUGGUUGUUCGUGCCGGAGACAAAGGGAAAGACUUUAGACGAGAUACAGAACGUUUUGAAAGAACCGAGGAUCUUGAUGAUAGGGAGAAGGGGUUGAAUACGGUUUUAUCUCAAAGUGAAGAAUGUACUUUUAACUUACGGUUUAAAUUGUGACGUAUAUCGUUUUACUUCAGUGCCUGCUAGCGAGGAGGUAAUGUAAUCGCGAACAAUUUCGAAAAUGAGAUAUGUUUUUUGGAGAUGAACCUAUCCAAAGUAGAGGUUUGUGGCAGAAACAGUUCGUACUAAUACGGCUAGAGAAAAACCUGGAAAAUAUUCGAAAGUUUCUGAAAUGGCCGCCAGGGGACGUAACUACUGUGUUGGGUCAUCUAUAACUUUUUUCUAUUUGAAAAAUCAACACGCUUUUCACGAGGUGAAAUCGAAUUUUUGUAUUGAUAAAUGAAGGUCGGUUUAUGCCAUUUAUGUAUGAAAAAUAACAUAAGUCAUGCGACCACCGCGGCUUCGUUUACAGGCCAAAUUUUCAGUGACUUUUCCCAGAAUAAUCCGGUCAAUUUCAGUCCGAAUAUUGUGCUUUAGGUCUUGAAUUGUCCGGGGAAUAUUCGCAUACACUUUUCCUUUCAAAAAUCCCCAAAGAACAUAGUCAAGAGGUGUUUCUAUGAAUCGGCUAUAUUAAUCUAACAACUGAUCUUCACUAACAGUAUAUACAAAAAAGACAAUUAAUAGAAGCAGGCCAUGAAAUACAACAAAACAAAUACCUAAUCAAAACAUAAAUCGGGCGGUGAGCUAUGUAUACUUUAUCUGAAGUCACUUGAAAUAGCAUAAAAACCUUUGGUCGGCGCGUCCUUUGUAAUUUCAUGACGUAUCACAGGCGUGCGGUCAUUUAUUUAGAACGAUAAUAAUAAUGUUUUUAUAUCACAAUAAAUGGAUUUUCCUAUCUUCUUAUUUUUUUGAUUUGGGAUAAAAAAUACUUAUAUUGGGAGUUUAAUUUAUGUUGACUGAAAGUUAAGAAAUGGAAAAAUUACAGAAUUCCAACGUUUGACAUAGGCAAAUAUUUACAUAGCAGGUAGGUAUAUAAAAAGGUAUAUAAAGACUUACAUUAUAGGUAUUUAUAUAUCAUCCUCGCCUUCGGAGCUGUCGCUAGAGUCAUCUUGUAGAGGAAUUACAACGGGAUUUACAGGAGGCAAAACACAAUAUUCAUUUUCUUUUUCAAUAAUAUGCCUAGAACACUGCUUCCAUAGGUCUGUGGCAGCAAUAUGAGAUACUGCAUCUCUUAUUGUGGCCAAUAGCGAUUCACUUAAUUAAGGGGUCUGAUUAUGUUUUCUUACUUUUUUUUUAAGGCAGCCCAGACCAACUCAAUCGGGUUAAAAAUGCAGUAAUAGGGAGGUAGACGUAAUACUUCAUGGCCAUUUUGCUGAAGCAGAUUGUCAACAACAUACUCUUUUUCAAAUUUUUGUCUUUUAAUAAGAUCCAAUAAUAUGGCUUUGGUUGAUUUUUGUGGUAUUUCCAUUCCCUUAUCCUUCAUAAAAUCAAUAAUGUCUUGUUUUUUUGUGCCUGUAUUCGGAAUUUUGUUUUUCUGUCGGGAAUGGUAUGGCGCAUUGUCCAUAAUAAUCACUGAAUUUGGGGAAAUGUUUGGUAUUAACUGCUGCUCUAUCCACUUUUCAAAUAAGUCGGAGGUCAUGUCCUCAUGAUAGUCUGCACAUGAUUCUUUGAUAUUUUUGGCAGAUAACAGCAAGGCAUUAGGUAUAAAUCCAUUUUCACUGCCAGCAUGGAGAAUAAUGAUUCGUUUUCCACGGUUGCAUGGUGCAUUUAAAAUGCACUUGUUGCUGUCGUCAACCCAGCCGUACUGCACAACAUCAUGGGUAUCAUACCACGUUUCAUCCAGGUAAAUCAGAUUUCUUUUCUGCUCUCUAUAAAUUUUAACUUUGUGCAAAAAUUCUUGGCGCAAUUCAACGAUUCGAGACGACUCCAUAAUCAACAUUCUUUUAUCUAAUUUUUUGUAUUGAAAACCACACAGUUUUACAAUACAGUGCAGUGAGUCUAAGCAUUUGUAAUUAUAAAAAUCUUCAGGAUAAUCUUUUAAUUUAUCCCGUAUCAUUUCCAACGUGGGCACCAAAUUUUCUUUAUAAAAUCCGUAUAUUAUACGACGAAUAUCUUCCUGAAAACCCACGUCUAUUCUUUUUAAUUUUUGCCCUAUGCGCUUUCUGUGGAAGGAAUGGUUGACUACAUCUCCCCUUUUUAUAACCCGAUAAAUGGUAGACCGACUGAUUUUUGUCAGGAUACAAAUUCUGUUUAAAAUUUGAUUUUGCGAGGAAUCUGGAUUUUCGUUUUUCAGACAAUCAUACAUAUUUAGGAUUACUCUUUGGGUCUGUUCCUCUAAAUCUUUAUGAAAGAAUUCUGCCUGCACAGGUUCAUCAACCCAUCUCCUCGUGGCUUGGAGCAUUUUCCCAAGGUCUCCAAAGAGCCAUAUUUAGGACACACAAGAACAAUCAACACAACAAUUAAAUCAACAAGUAAACUGAGUAUUCAAAAGUCAAAAACACACAAACUAAUAAAAUCUAUGAAAAAACACGGACAGACUAAAGAAAACACGUUUAUUCACCGCUACACGGCACUGGCUAAACUGUUUCAAUUUUCAGUAGCCACCUGCACUUGUUCGGAGCUCUGAAAUACACGCUUUCUCAUUGGCUAUGUCCACGCAUAGGCGUGCUUUACUCCACGUGGACCGGUGAAACUGCCUUUGAUCUUAUACGGGGGAUAUUUGCUGCGAAAUUUGGCGAUUUUUGCAGCAACAGAGCGUGUUAAAUAUAGAUAUAUAAAACGCACCCGGUAUUUCACAGUGUUUCAAGUGACUUCAGAUAAAGUAUACUUAUCGGAUCGCCUUCGAAUGACUUGGAAAGUUCUGCUGGAAUUUUGAUGAAAUUCUUAGAAAAGGUUACUACUAUCCCAAGCACGAAAAAGCUUUGGAGUUUCUGAAAAUCGCUCUAGUAGCGGCGAAUAAGAAUGCCAAAAACGGAAAAAAAAAUAAAAAUCACAGAAGCAUCCUGUUCAUUUUUGGAAAAAAAUUAUGAGUAAAAAAAAUUGGGGGUGGGGGGUUCGGGAGGCGGUAAUUCUACGGGCCUACUAGACAUAUUUCACACACUUGCCCUUGAAACUUGAAAAGAUACGAGGGACACUACAACAGAAGUCUACUCAGCCAUGAAACAAAAGACGUACGAUUUUUUUUAAAAACGGUCGUAUUGUCAAACACUUCUCGAUAAUUUUUUUGUAGUUGAUUGCUUUACGUAAAUUUUUCAGCGAGUAGACGUCCGUAUUUAUUGUUUUUAUUCUUUUGUGUAAUAUGAUGGUUCAAUAUCCCCCAAAUUUAGUGCUUUCGAUAGCCGGCUUUGGAGUUACGAUCGGUGAAUUAGCUUUUUUUGACAUUAAAUCCAAAGCAGUUAAUUUGACAGCUGUCAAAAUGUGACAUUAUUCGGACAUUUUUUUAAGAAAAAUAAGGUAGCAUGUAUGACAUGUCUCAAUCGUCUUUUGUUUUCCAGCAACGCGCCUCAAAUCUCAUUUUUUUUAUGGCCGCCAUAUUGGAUUUCUGAAAAGAGUGUAAAAUUUCCAGUCUAAUGAUGUCUCACAAGUGCAUAAAAGAUUGGAGUAUCAUCGAAAUAUCAUCUGUAGAUUGAAAAUUGAUUAUCAAAUUUUGGAAGUAAGGUUAGAACGCAUGCCACUAUUUGACAUAUAUGCUUGUGCGAUUCGAUUGUUUUAUCAUGGCUAGGUAGAUUUCUUUUUACUGUCCAUCGUAUUUUAAGCAGACAAAUCGCGUACCUAUCGAUCGCAUUUGGUGUGCGCCACAGGGUUGUAAAUAUUGCAUCUUUGGUAUUGCGUUCAAUGAACUUAUAAAAGCAAGUAGCAGACGGCGCGGUGAUGCGAUAAGCACAUACGAGGUGGGCGCGAUAUUAUUUAUAUCUAUAUAUACGAGCAUUGUACUAUAAUUUAAUAGGCUUACUUGAUUUCUUGAGGUAAUAUUAUGUAUAGUAUAUAAGUACGUAUCAUAUUGUUGACAAAAAAAUUUACACAGAACUCCAAAGAAUUGAGGAGUAUAUAUAUAGACACGCUCAUUGUUUCAAUUUGAGGUAAUUCGUUUUCAUGGAUGGUCCUGUAAAAACCCGCGACUCUUACAAAUUGUUCUAGAAAUUAUUGUGAAGGCGUAGAAAAUCAAUCUACUUAACGCCAUUUUUUAUAUUGUAGUUUUAGCAUUCUCAAAUUCAUUUCGUUGUUGUUAAGCUGUUUUAUUUAGGAAUGUAAGUAUGUAAAUAGGUUUUAAUAAGAGAACAAACAUUCUGAUGACCAAUUUAUUGAUAUGCGUAACAGGAUGAUCCUCGAACAAAAAAUAUAACCGCAUUUAUUUGAAGGAAUUCAUCGGGCAGAUCCUCGAAUCAAUUUGUCAGUAAAAUAUUGAAGCUCCUCCGGUAAUUUUCGACGUCAAAACAUGUGACACUUUCGCCUAAAAAUUCCUUUAAGUAAACAGUUUAUAGAUUUAUUAUUAUACUCUAAAGUAUAUCCAGAUAUAGCGUCGAAAUAAACGUAGAUAGUAAUGGGUGAUUCAUUUAAAGGUAGUUUUUUCUAAAGCAUAAAAAAGUGAAGUUAGUCAUAGCAGCGUUGAAAAUCGCAGCGUUGUCCAAUGGGUGGAGGAUAUGCACUAGUUGUACGAGCGAUUUAACUUGUGUCAAAUAUGACGCCACUUAUGUCUAAAAAAUGUAAAUGAAUCACCACUUACAAACCUAUUUCAUCGUAUAAAUCAUACGAUUUGACAGGAAUUCUGGCUGAAUGUGUCGCGCUUUUUAUAACGAAUACCUACGAUGACGCUGUAGCUCGACAUCAUGGUCGCCAUAUUCAGAUUUACAUUCAUUAUAUCUGUGCAUUUCGUUGGUUGGCAUCAUCUAGUUAUUAAGGUACAAUAUUACUUUUUCUGUGAUCAUUAGAAGAGUUUUAGCAUACACCUAAGGCCGCCAGUGAUCUUUUAUUUGAAGAUAUUUUAAGUUAAUAAAAUGAUAACCCAAACUUCGUUCUUAUUUAUCAGUUGUUUUGGUAUACCUAAC